UUGAAGCCAAAGUCCUCCGACGGCCCCCCGGAGCCGCCGGCCCCGCCCGUUAAGUCCUCCAGCCGCCACGGCCUGGCCCCCGGGCGCAGCUCGGCCGCGGCGGCCCCGGACGAGCAGCCCCAUGUCGGCAACUACCGACUCCUGAAGACCAUCGGCAAGGGCAACUUCGCCAAAGUCAAACUGGCCAAACACCUCCUGACCGGCAGAGAGGUUGCCAUCAAGAUCAUUGAUAAAACUCAGCUCAACCCCACUAGCCUGCAGAAGCUCUUCCGAGAAGUUAGCGUGAUGAAGAUCCUCAAUCAUCCGAAUAUCGUGAAGCUGUUCGAGGUGAUCGAAACGGAGAAGACUCUGUAUCUGGUGAUGGAGUACGCCAGCGGAGGGGAAGUCUUUGACUACCUGGUGGCUCAUGGACGAAUGAAGGAGAAGGAGGCUCGAGCCAAGUUCCGCCAGAUUGUGUCAGCAGUGGAGUACUGUCACCAGAAGAGGAUUGUUCACCGUGACCUCAAGGCAGAGAACCUCCUUCUUGACGCUGACAUGAACAUUAAAAUUGCAGACUUCGGCUUCAGUAAUGAGUUCACUCUGGGCAGUAAGUUGGAUACUUUCUGCGGCUCUCCUCCGUACGCUGCCCCGGAGCUCUUCCAGGGGAAGAAAUACGACGGGCCGGAGGUAGAUGUCUGGAGUCUGGGUGUGAUCCUCUACACGCUGGUUAGCGGUUCCCUGCCCUUCGACGGACAAAAUCUCAAGGAACUGAGGGAACGUGUUCUUAGAGGAAAGUAUCGGAUUCCCUUCUACAUGUCGACCGACUGUGAAAACCUGCUGAAGAAGCUGCUGGUUCUGAACCCGGGAAAACGUGGAAGCUUAAAGCAAAUCAUGAAGGACCGAUGGAUGAACGCAGGCUACGAGGGAGAGGAGCUGAAGCCAUUCUCUGAACCGGAACAGGACCUCAGUGACCUCAAACGCAUCGAGCUGAUGGCAGCGAUGGGCUUUUCUCAGGAAGAAGUAAGGAAGGCGCUCGACGGGCAGAAAUACAACGAAGCCACAGCAACUUAUCUGCUAUUAGGGAGAAAAUCUGCCGAGAGGUCCCGGCCGGUCAGCGACCUCGAAGGGUCCAGCCAGUCCCCCGCUCACCUUCGGAGCGUAGCUGGCACCCAGAAGCAGCGGCGUUUCAGUGACCACGUGGCUCCCUCCAUUCCGCCUCCCGUCUCCCACGCCAAGCGAUCCCAUGCCAACAGCGUGGAGAGCGAAAAGAAGCAGGAGCCGUCCUCACCCAUGGGAGCUCCGGACCGCAGGAAGUCGGCCACAGCUUCAGGGAGCAUGACCCGAAGAAACACGUAUGUUUAUGAGAGAAACAAUGCCGAGAGGCACUCGGGUGGGAUUCCCAAUGGAAAGGACAACAGUUUGCCUGAGGUACCAUCUGCAUCCCCAUCCCCGUCGCCCGGGGCAACCGUCUCCUCCGCCCGCCCUCGUCACGUGAAGUCCAUGUCGGCUUCGGGACACCCCAUGAAGUCCAGCCUGCCCCCCAUCGACGACAACGUUGAGUAUCAGAGCUCCCCCCGCCAGGACCCGUCGUCGCCCUCGGCCUUCAGCGUGGCCAGCAGCACCAGCUCCACCACGCCGGACCGGGCCCGCUUCCCCCGGGGCUCCUCCAGCCGCUCCACCUUCCACGGGGGCCAAAUCCGGGACCGCCGGACGGCCACCUACAACGGCCCCCCCGCCUCGCCCAGCCUGUCGCAGCACGCCGCCGCCGCCGCCGCCUCGCCCUACCGCGGCAACUCCACCUCCCUCAUCGGCAAGCUCACCUCCAAGUUCUCCCGCAGGAGUUUCUCCGGGGAGCCCAAAGAGGAGGGCAGGGAGUCCAAGCCCCGCUCGCUGCGCUUCACGUGGAGCAUGAAGACCACGUCGUCCAUGGAGCCGGGGGACAUGAUGAGGGAGAUCCGGAGGGUCCUGGACGCCAACAACUGUGACUACGAGCAGCGGGAGCGCUACAUGCUGUUCUGCGUGCACGGCGACGCCCGCCAGGAGAGCCUGGUCCAGUGGGAGAUGGAGGUGUGCAAACUGCCCCGCCUCUCGCUCAACGGCGUGCGUUUCAAGCGGAUCUCCGGCACGUCUAUAGCUUUUAAAAAUAUCGCCUCCAAAGUGGCCAAUGAGCUCAGACUCUGA